AAAACCACUAUAGACAUUACACAUGCUAUCUCAGUAGUAUCCAAUUCGGUGCGACCACAUUUUGUAAAAAUUACUUAACAUUUUUAGACAAUUUAAAUGUAUAACAAGUAAUACGUAGUUAGUAAGUAACGUUGUUAACUGUUUUAAAAUUAAUUUCGUAAUAAUUCUAGAAAAAUAAAUUAUUCUUAAAAUGUCAAGAAUAAUAAGAGUAGUGAAGGAAACUUUUAGAAAAUAUCCAAUGAUAGCUAAUUCAACAGUUUAUGGCACAAUGUGUGUUGGAGCGGAAUUUUCACAACAAAUAUUGACUAAACGGAUAUUGAAUAAAACUGAACCACCAGAGCCGAUUGAUACAGAUGUAUUAGGACGAUAYGCCAUAGUGGGCACUUUAAUUAGUCCAAACAUUUUAUACUUUUGGUAUAAAUGGCUGGACAAAGCAUUUGUGGGUACUGCACCAAAAAUUAUUGUUAAAAAAUUAUUAAUCGAUCAAUUUAUCAUGACUCCACCAUUUUACGUAGUCUUUUUCGUUACUAUGAGYCUAUUAGAGGGRAAAAAAGAUCUAUUUGAAGAGUGCAAACAGAAGUUUAUUCCUACAUUCAAAACUAGUUGUGUGUUUUGGUUGCCAGCACAAGCUAUUAAUUUCAUGUUGGUGCCGCCAGCUGCUCGUGUAAUUUAUGUUGGAAUGUGUUCGUUUAUAUGGAUUAAUAUGUUAUGCUGGAUCAAAAGAAAUGAUUACAAUGCAGUUAAAGAAGAGUAAUUAAUUGAAUUGCAMAAAAUCUGAUAACAAAUAUUAAUCAACUUUCAGUUAGACUUUACUGUUAUGUUCAUUUUAUUAGUCUUCAAGUUGUAUUAGUGUAAGUCUGUUUUUAUUGCUAAAAACAAUAGGAUUGAUAAAAUUAUUAAAAUUAGCCUUAAGAAACUAAUUUAUUUUCACAAUAUAUUUUAUAGUAACAAUAUGAAAAACAUGAAUAGGAAAAUUGAUUUUAAAGGCAGAGCUUAUAGUUUAAUCUUUGUYUUAUUUGAUAUAAACUUAAUUAAACUUGAGCAACUUUGUAUAUAAAUUUGUGAUUUUCCUAUGGUUGAUUUAUCCUUUUCAUCUUGCUGAAUUGCUUUGACUAAAUUUGAUGCUGAUUCUUCAUCUAAUACAAUUAAUGACAUCAUUGCAAAAUCAAGCUGCAUGUAUCUAAUUAUAUUAGUUAAGAAAAAUGAUUUUUCUGUAACUUAAUUAUAAAUUGCAUUAUCUUAUAAAAAAUAAACGUAACUCAGUGUAUACACUACCGAUAUGAGAAAAAAUAAUUAAUUAGGUCUAACAUUUCAAUCAAUAUGUAGAGUUAACCAGUUUCUUAAGUACACCAAUUUAAAUGRUAGGUGAAAAACAAAAUUAACUCCUAUAAAAUUGAUUUAAUUAGUGUAGUAUUGGGUUUGAUUCAUUUUUAUUCAGUGCAUCUAAUGGAAUGCAAGACAGGAUUGACCAAUCAUGUUGAAUGUUGAUUGGUAUAACUUGUAUAAGAUUUUAUAGUUAGCUGCUUAUCAAAACAUUAUAAAGUCGAUGAAUAAGGUUGUAUUAUAUAUAUAUAUAUAUAUCG